AUGAAGAUAUUCAGAUGUUGCUUUAAAUACACCCUCCAGCAGAAGAUCUUUGUCCUCUUCUUAACACUAUGGCUGUUCUCUCUGCUAAAGCUUCUAAAUGUGGGCAGGCUCCUCUUCCCUCAAAGAGACAUUUAUUUAGUUGAAUAUUCCCUAAGUACCUCCCCUUUUGUAAGAAACCGGUUCCCACCUCUCCCGGAUGAAGUCAAGUAUGAAGUUAACUGCUCAGGGAUCUACGAGCAGGAACCUUUGGAAAUCGGCAAGAGUCUGGAAAUCAGAAGACAAAAUAUCAUUGACUUGGAGGAUGGUGAUGUUGUGGCGAUGACAAGUGACUGUGAUAUUUAUCAGACCCUAAGACGGUACCAUGAAAAGCUUGUUUCAAGAGAGGAAAAGAGCUUCCCAAUAGCCUAUUCACUGGUCGUCCACAAAGAUGCAAUUAUGGUCGAAAGGCUAAUUCAUGCCAUUUAUAACCAGCACAAUCUUUACUGCAUCCACUAUGACCUUAAGUCACCGAACGAGUUCAAAGUUGCCAUGAACAACUUAGCUAAGUGCUUCUCCAAUAUUUUCAUCGCUUCCAAAUUGGAAACUGUGGAGUAUGCCCAUAUUUCCAGGCUCCAGGCUGAUUUGAAUUGCCUAUCAGACCUUCUCAAGUCUUCGGUUCAAUGGAAAUAUGUCAUCAACCUAUGUGGGCAAGACUUUCCCCUGAAGUCAAAUUUUGAAUUAGUGUCAGAGCUGACAAAACUCCAAGGACAGAAUAUGUUAGAGACAGUGAAACCUCCUACUGGUAAAAUGGAAAGGUUUACUUAUCACCAUGAGCUCAGACCAGUGCCUUAUGAAUAUAUGAAGCUUCCAGUAAGAACAAAUAUCUCCAAGGAGGCACCCCCUCAUAACAUUGAGGUAUUUGUAGGCAGUGCCUAUUUUGUUUUAAGUCAAGCAUUUGUUAAAUAUAUUUUCAACAGCUCCCUUGUUGAAGACUUUUUUGCCUGGUCUAAAGACACAUACUCUCCUGAUGAGCACUUUUGGGCUACCUUAACUCGGAUACCUGGAAUACCUGGAGAAAUUUCCAGAUCAGCCCAAGACGUGUCUGACCUACAGAGUAAGACCCGCCUGGUCAAAUGGAAUUACUAUGAAGGCUUUUUCUACCCCAAUUGCACUGGCUCGCACCUUCGAAGUGUAUGUAUCUAUGGCGCUGCAGAAUUACGAUGGCUUAUAAAGGAAGGGCAUUGGUUUGCUAAUAAAUUUGAUUCUAAAGUGGACCCUGUCUUGAUUAAAUGUCUAGCAGAAAAGCUUGAAGAACAACAGAGAAAGUUAAUCACUUCAUCUUCAGAAAAGUUCAUUACAGAUAGAAAUCCCAAAGUCUCACAUGAAAAUAAGAUCACUAUGGAACUGGGAGUGUCUGAUACAAAGAGUUAA